CUCUUAAUGGAUUGGGCCAUCGAAGUAGGCUCGAGAUCGGUCCAGCCGAACUCUGACAUCACAACCGCGCACAGGAAGGAAGACAAGACACCAGAGGAGCGUAGAGAGAAGCGAAGAGGUCAACUCAACUCAGAGCGUUUCUUUCAGAUCAGUUUGAGUUCUUACAGAUACAGUUGGUAGAAUCGAUGUCUUCAAUGGCGGUAGAUGCAGAUGAAGAUGAACGAACACAUCUCCUUCAUAAUAAUUCAUCACCUCCGGUUCCGUACAGAGCGUCAGACAUUGAAAGCGUAGAGAUCGUCCCUUCACCAUCAUCGAACGAGCCAGAUGAACCAACACCUAAAUCUGUUGACCAGAAUCAACGGCUCGCCUCUCUCGACAUCUUCCGAGGCCUCACUGUCGCUUUGAUGAUUUUAGUAGAUGAUGCUGGCGGAGCUUUCCCAUCGAUAAACCACUCUCCGUGGUUUGGAGUGACACUCGCAGACUUUGUGAUGCCAUUUUUCCUAUUUGGCGUUGGUGUUUCCAUCGGAUUGGUUUUCAAGAAAAUAACUAGUAAACCGAGCGUUACCAAGAAAGUCAUACUGAGAACAAUUAAGCUCUUCCUCUUGGGGGUGCUACUGCAAGGUGGGUAUUUUCACGGACGUAACCAUUUAACUUAUGGAGUUGAUGUUCGCAAGAUACGCUGGCUGGGUGUGCUACAGAGAAUUUCAAUCGGAUAUCUGUUUGCUUCAUUUAUGGACAUCUGGCUCGUUAACAACAUUGUGGUUGACUCAGCACUAGCAUUUGUGAAAAGAUACUACAUCCAGUGGAUGGUUGCUUUCUUGCUAGGAUCUCUUUACAUGUGCUUGCUCUAUGGCCUUUAUGUUCCAAACUGGAAAUAUGAAGUUCCAAGCACAAACUCGAGCUCAUCAACAUCAAGAUAUGGAUUUGAUUCUCAAGUUGUGCACUGUGGAAUGAGGGGCAGUCUUCAACCUCCUUGUAAUGCUGUAGGUUUGGUUGAUCGAUUUUUUCUUGGCGUACAACAUCUUUAUCAACAUCCUGUCUACAGAAGAACGAAGGAAUGCAGUGUCAACUCUCCUGAUUAUGGACCUCUACCACUAAAUUCACCAGAAUGGUGCCUUGCUCCAUUUGACCCCGAGGGCAUCUUAAGCUCGUUGAUGGCUGCCAUUACGUGUGUUGUGGGAUUGCAUUAUGGACAUAUUAUUGUGCAUGUUAAGGGCCACAGGCAAAGGGUAUUUUGGUGGUCCAUAUCAUCCUUCCCUCUACUAAUUUCAGGCUAUGUUUUAAAGGUGUUAGGUAUUCCUUUUUCUAAACCGCUUUACACUUUGAGCUAUAUGUGCAUUACAGCAGGAGCAUCAGGAUUCCUCUUAACCAUCAUCUUUUACAUAGUUGAUGUCAACCAGGUUAAAAAGCCCACGAUGGUGCUUCAGUGGAUGGGAAUGAAUGCUCUCAUUAUUUAUGCUUUGGGUGCUUGUGACCUCUUUCCAGCAGCUUUGCAAGGUUUCUAUUGGCGCUCACCAGAAAACAAUCUGGUUGAUGGAACGGAAUCACUGUUACAGUUCAUGCUUCAUUCAAAGAAGUGGGGUACCUUGACAUUUGUAAUGCUUGAGAUAUUAUUUUGGGUUCUUGUUGCCGGUUUCCUACACAUGAAACACAUAUAUGUGAAACUAUAGGAAAUUAAAUGACAUGCCCAUUGCAUAGGACACUUGUGAAUAACAAAAUCUUAUCAGAUAUCAAUCUUUUUCUUUCCCCA